CAACUUCUCCGCGCGCUCUCUCUCUCUCUACUCUCUCUCUCUCUCUCUCUCUCUCUCUCUGUUCUUGGCUAUUUUCCUGAACUGUUAAAAACCCUUUAAAGUCUACUGUGUUUUUUCUGGGGGUAAAUUUAGAUUUUAUUGACCAAGAAAAACAACCCUUCAAAGUCUUAGCAGCUCCUUUGUUGAGCUCUUGUUAAUUCUCUCUCUCUUUGGAUGGUCUUAUGCAGUUUUAUGAUUCUUCAACUGACUUCUUUGCUCACAACAGUGGCAUGCCUCUGAAUUAGUAGUUUAGGAUGGCUGUACUGCAAAGGAGACACAUUGCACUCCAAAACCAAGAAGAUUUGCCAUAAGUGAGAAGAUUUUUGCUCUCAUCAUGAAUCUUGAUUCACCUGUUCCCAUCAAAGAUCCAAAGGAAAGGCAGAAUCCUCUGUUUGAGGUGAUUACCACAGAAAAGCAGUUAUGGGCAUUGGUCCACUCCAAAGGUCUAUUGCCGACAGAAGUUCAAGAUUUGUAUCACAAGGCUCGUUUGGGUUAUGAAAAAAUCAUAUUGAAUGAUCAAGAAGAGGUGGAAUAUCAAGAUGUUGAAUAUUCUUUGUGGAAGCUUCACUAUAAGCACAUUGAUGAAUUCCGUAAAAGAAUUAGGCUAACUUCUGCAAUUACUGACAGCUUGAAAUCAUCGACUCCACAAAAUGCUGCUAAUGUGCAGAUCAGCAUUGAUUCGCAUGCAGAACAUUUCAAGUCCUUUCUGUCAGAAGCAACUGAAUUUUACCAAAAUCUGAUCACCAAAAUGAGAAGACAAUGUGGGCUAUGUGAAGAUCCUUUGUUUUCUGAUGAUGGCGGUGCUUCGUGUAUUGUUGACCCUACGAAAUUGGAUAAAUGUCAAUAUUCAUGCCACCGCUUUUUAGUUUGUCUUGGGGAUCUAGCUAGAUAUAGGGAACUGUGUAAGAAGCUGGAUUCUGAAAGACAUGAUUGGUCAGUUGCAGCAACUCACUACUUCAAAGCAACAUUGUUUUGGCCAGAUAGUGGUAACCCGCAAAAUCAGUUGGCACUAUUGGCAACAUAUAUUGGAGAUGAUUUCAUUGCCUUGUACCAUUGUAUAAGAAGUUUAGCCAUUAAAGAACCUUUUCCUGACGCCUGGGAUAACCUUAGUUUGCUCUUUGAAAAGAACAGGUCAUCUCAUUUGGAUUCACUGUCUAAGGCAGCCCACUUCGACUUUUUGAAUCCCUCUGAAAGAAGUACCUCACUUACGGAACUACGAUCUAGCAAUGGUUCCGCGAAUGAUGAUAUGCCGCUAGCCACUGAACACAUUUCCUCCACGAAAUGUGAUCUCUGGCCUCUUUUUGUGAGAAUGACAAGUUUCUUUUUCAUUGAAUCCAGCUUUGAGGAAUUUCCUUGCACUUUUGCAUCCACCAUGAGAGAGUUGGACUCUCUGUUGGCACUAGACGACACCAAACUAAAAGCUUCAUUGGAGUCCUACCAAAAUAUGGAUUCAUCCAGAACUGGUCCUUAUCGAGCUCUUCAAAUGGUCUCUGUACUGAUAUUCAUCAUUGAUAACCUGACUCAAACCUCAGACCACAAGGAGUCAAUGGAGAAAAACAACGUCCAGCAGCAACUUAUCUCGAUAGAAUCAUCGUUGACUGCUACAUUCAUUUGCCUUGGUCGCCUUACUGGGAAAUGUCAGAAGGGUAACAGUGAUUCGGUGGAACAUAGUCCCCUUAUGCCAGCUGUGCUUGUGUUUGUAGAGUGGUUGGUUGGAAUGCUCGAUAAACUAGAAAUAUAUGGUGGUCACGAAAAAGUUGGAAGGGCUAUAUCUUACUUCUUUGAUGCUUUUGUUGGCCUUCUGAACCGACUUGAUAAGAGUGUCAAUGAAUUCAAUUGUCAAGAAAAAACUGCUGCUCUUUGGGAAGAUUAUGAAUUGAGGGGGUUCACACCACUAUCUAAUGCACGUGCGUCAUUAUACUUUAUGACUGAUCAGAAAGUUUUUGGGCAUCACGAUGGUAGAGAUGGAUGUUGUGGUGGUCGGUUAUUUCAUGCUGCCAUGAGAAUUGUGGACAGUUCAAAGUUAAUUUUCUACGAUCAUUUGGGUAGAAAAUUCUUCGCAACAGAAUCAGAAAAGUUGGCAGACCAGAGAGAAGCAAAAGUACUUCAGUCUAACUCAGGUCUUGGAAUUAUAAUGUCCGGGAAGCAAAACUGUGAAGCUGCCGAAGAAGAUGGCAAAGCCACGAUUAGAUUAAACGAAACUCGGCUGUGCAAAAAUGGAAAAGCUGGUGCUGUAGAUGAGGAAGAAGUCAUAAUCUUUAAGCCUAUUACAAGAUAUAACUCAGCACCACUCUGUCCUUCUACUACAGAAGAUGAAAUGUCAAAGGAGUGUAAAAUGAAGGACCAACCAGCACCCUCUGAUGAAUGCUUGCGCCGUGCCACAUCACUGGUUGUUGCACAAGACCAGACCCAGAACGAUCAUUUUAGUUUCCAUUUGGACGAUACUAAUUUCAGAUUCAAGCAGCCAUUAAAGCAGCAGGAGCCGCUAUUGAAGGACUCACCUGCAUACCCUUCUGGGCCACCCUCCCUCAGUUCUUGGGUCUUCAACAGAGAAACUUCAAACACAGAAAAGGAGAAAGGUAGAAAUGACACCUAUAAACCGGGCUUAACCCCCAUUGCAGAAAUACCUUCUGAUUCUUUAACCGGUCUCUCUAUUGGUGAAACUGAGGAUUCUCUUAUCGAUUCCAUGUAUGUUUCUCCUCCUUGUUAUGCAACUCCAAUGCCUUCUGCUCCAUUACUUCCGGAUGAUGCUAUUUGGUUCACUGGAAAUCCCUCUAGUUUUUCCGAAGUCAAGAGCAAUGGGAAUUUCCUGAAAGAGGGAAAUGGAAUUCUUGGUGCACCACCUCUAAGCAGUUACUCAAAUUUCUCUGCUACUCACGGGCCAUUGGGUGUUGCAUACCAAGCGGUGGGUGGAAUGAGCUCUUCUGAGUGGCUUUAUCAGUACUCGAACCAAAAUCUCGGGAGCUUCUAUGGCUAUGAUGGGUCCCGGUUUGAUCUUUGCGACAGGUGGGGGAAUCCGGUGUGUCCUAACCGUAUGGUGUAUUUGGAGAGCCCGCGUCUGUAUCCAGGGUCUCCUUUAAUUUACAGCGGAGAUAAAGAAAGAAGGGAGAUGGUUUUUCGUAAUUUCCAAAGACCAAGCCCUCACGGGUGUGCUGGCGGGACAGAGCCUGGAGCUGAGCAACCACCACAUCUUCACUACCUGAAAGAGAGAGAAUGGCAGUUGCAGCAGCAACAGCAAGUGAGAGGCCCUGCAUACAUGGGGAACUAAGCUCAUCACAAGAAUACAACACGCACUUUGCGGAACUGAAUGCAUUUCCCAAAAAAAAAGUGCAGGAAAAUGGGCAUAGAGAAUCAAUGUGCAGUUCAGAUUCAUGUCAGGUAUCGGUCAGAUUCAAAUUUGUGUUUCUGUGUUCUCAAUAUCUGGACGGAAUGAAUCUGAGCAGCGUAUUGGUUUUUGUAUGCUCUUUUUUUUUGUGUGUUCAUUUUUUGGGGUCAAAGAUUCAUGUUUUUGUUUUUUUUUUUGUUUUGUGGGGAGGGGGCGGUGGUGGGGGUGUGUUGUUUAUAUGAUGUAGAGUAUCCGAGAUGGUGUACAUGUCAAAACUAGUAGUAUAGAUUGCACAGUACGCCCUCCAAAAGAGCGGCCUAUGGAGAGUAGUGGCGGAUGCAGAAUUUGUACUUAAUAGGGGCCCGAGCAACGUGUAUGUAAGAAAAAAAUUUAAGUUUACCAGAAUGCACCCUUAA